GUCUCCUAACAAAUGCACUCAGGAUCUCUCUGUUAUUAUGACACAUUUGUCAUGCAAAGAGCAGAUGAAUGCAGUCCACAUGCAAAGCAGGAUCCGAAGCAGACUGGUCACAAACAGCUGUCUGUGCUGUGAUGUCAUCUGCCGGAAGAUGCAGGUUUUUGUGCGCUGACUGUAUUCCAGUGAAAGGCGUUUGACAGCUUGUCGUAAAGGAAAUGGGAGCGAAGCGAUAGCACUCAUCUCCAUGGAGCGCCAUAUAAUGCGCCAUCUCACAAAUAAAACGUUUUAGAGAAAAUGGUUCCCAGUUCAACGACUGGUUGGUAAUAGACAGCCUAUCCCCCCCCCCCCCCAAUUACAAUCAUAUUUCUAAGAGCAUCGACCUUGCUGGUGUGGCCAUGAAUCCAGCGGAACAAACGGUUACUUGGCUCAUUACGCUCGGGGUUUUGGAAUCACCAAAAAAGACCAUUUCGGACCCCGAUGGAUUUCUGCAGUCUUCGCUAAAGGAUGGGGUUGUCCUGUGUAGGCUGCUGGAGCGGCUACGUCCAGGCACUACUGAUAAAAUCUUUCAAGAUCCCAAGAACGACAGCGAGUGCUUGAGCAACAUCACGGAGUUUCUGAAGGGCUGCGCGGUGUUUCGCGUCGAGCCAUUUGAGGCUGGUGACCUGCUUCAGGGCUACAACUUCAGUAGAGUCCUCACUACACUGGUUGCCCUCAAUAAAGUGACUGCAGAUAUUGGCAUUGGCAGCGACUCUGUAUGUACGCGACACUCUUCCGCCCACCGGAUCAAAUCCUUCGAAUCGCUGGCCUCCCAGUCUUCACUGGGACGAUCUUCUAAAUUGCUCCAUAACCAGUUCUGCAGCCUUGUGAGUAACUUUGGGGACAUGACAGAGAACAGUAACGCUCAGUUAGUGGUUAAAGCUCGCUUCAAUUUCCAGCAGACCAAUGAGGAUGAGCUUUCUUUCAGCAAGGGUGACAUUAUCAAUGUUACCCGCACAGAAGAGGGGGGCUGGUGGGAAGGAUCCUUCAAUGGCAAGACAGGCUGGUUUCCAAGCAAUUAUGUCAAAGAGAUCAAAGGGUCAGACAAACCAGUGUCCCCUAAAUCUGGAACUCUUAAAAGCCCCCCCAAAGGUUUUGAUACCACAGCCAUCAGUAAAACCUACUACAACCUGGUGCUACAGAACAUUUUAGAAACUGAAACAGAGUAUUCAAAGGAGCUCCAGAACCUUUUGGCCAACUACCUGAGACCUUUACAGAUGACAGAAAAACUGAGCACCUCAGAUGUGAGUGUCAUUCUCGGGAACCUAGAGGAAAUCAGCACUUUCCAGCAGACUCUGGUCCAGUCAUUGGAGGACUGCACCAAGCUUCCAGAGCUUCAGCAGAAGGUCGGGGGGUUCUUCCUGAAUCUCAUGCCCCAGAUGAGGUCUCUUUAUGUGUCUUACUGCUCCAACCACCCGUCGGCAGUCAGUAUUCUCACUGAUCACAGUGAGGAACUUGGAGAGUUCAUGGAGGGAAGGGGUGCAUCCAUACCAGGUAUUCUCACACUAACCUCUGGCCUCAGCAAACCCUUCAUGAGACUGGACAAAUAUCCCACAUUACUGAAAGAACUGGAGAGACACAUGGAGGAGGGUCAUCCAGACAGGAUAGAAAUUCAGAAAUGUAUGACAGCUUUCAAGAAUCUCUCUGCACAGUGUCAGGAGGUGCGGAAGCGUAAGGAGCUUGAGCUUCAGAUCCUGACUGAGGCGAUUCGUCUCUGGGAGGGGGAGGACAUCAAGACCCUGGGGUCAGUGCUGUAUAUGAGCCAGGCCAUUGUCCAGAACCAUCGUUGUGAGGAGAAGCAAGAGCGUUACCUUCUGCUUUUUCCUCAUAUUUUGCUCAUCCUAUCUGCCAGUCCAAGGAUGAGUGGCUUCAUCUACCAGGGCAAGUUGCCUUUGAGUGGGAUGACGGUGACCCCAUUAGAUGACUGUGAAACUCAUAAAAAUGCUUUUGAGCUUUCGGGAAGCAUGUUUGAGAGGCUUCAGGUGAUCUGCUAUAACAAACAGGAUCUGCAGGACUGGCUCGAGCAUCUGAACCGACAGACCAAACACACCACCAUGGCGGCUCCUAGCAUGAAACCCCUCGCUGUUCCCUGCCAUACACUCCCGUCUCACCCUUUGACGCCAUCCAGACAUGCAGAAAGCCGGGGCCUGACAGUUGCUCCUGCCUACCACACCUUACCACAUCCCUCCUCUCAUGGGGCCCCACACAGCACCAUGAUGUGGGGCCCCCUGGAGCCCCCCAAAACCCAGAAGCCCUGGAGCCUGAGCUGCUUGCGUCCAGCACCCCCACUCAGGCCCUCAGCAGCUCUCUGCUAUAAAGAGGACCUCAGUAAAAGUCCCAAGACAAUGAAAAAGCUGCUGCCCAAAAGAAAGCCGGAGAGGAAGCCGUCCGAUGAGGAGUUUGCACUGAGGAAGAGUACUGUAGCUCUGGAGGAAGACGCUCAGAUUCUGAAAGUGAUUGAGGCCUACUGUACUAGUGCCAAAACCAGGCAGACUCUGAACUCAACAUGGCAAGGCACUGAUCUCAUGCAUAACCAUGUCUUGGAUCAAUCCAGUGUGGACUCUCUGGGCCGCCGUAGCAGUAUCUCAAGGCCCGAGGCCACCUCAGACCUCUCUGAGGACUCUGACUAUGACAGUAUAUGGACGGCCCACAGUUACAGGAUGGGCUCUGUUUCCCGACAGUGGAAAGAUGCCAGUCCAGCACUGAUAGUUCCUGGGGAGGAGAAGUUCAGUGUAGACGAGUUGAAGAGUAAUGGUCAGACUCUUCUGGAGGAGAAGAGCCUUGUGGAUGUUGUUUAUGCUCUGAAAGAUGAGGUACAAGAACUUAAACGGGACUAUAAAAAAAUGAAGAAAUCCUUGGAGGAAGAACAGAGAGCCAGAAAAGAUCUGGAGAGGAUAGUUAGAAAAAUGCUAAAGAAUAUAAAUGAUCUUUCUUGGGAUGAGACCAAUUUAUGAUAUGCCCCCUUAUUAUGAAGUCCCUAAAGUGGCAAGGUGGUGGAACAAUUAUGUGAUGGGAGGUAAAAUUAAUACAUUUUUCUUCCAUCUAAUUUAUUUAUUUUUCUAUCACCAGGUACCUUUAGGGGCACCAUACCUUAUUUGUAUUGUUACGCUAUGGUUAGGUGACCUGGAAGUUCAAGUUCAACAUUGAAAUUUCAGAUGUUGUCUUAGCUUGAAAGCACCAUGGACAUACAGGAAGUCUGUAAUAACAUAAUGAAACAUAAUUGGCCUAAAAUGGCUCAUUCCAAUGUUUAAACUCUAAAAGACUUUAGGUCUUAGGUCUUUUAGUGCAUCUUUACCAAGCAGAGUUUUUUAUUUAGUUUGAAAAACACAAAUUUUAUAGCUGAACAAUCAUGACGUGACUUGUUUGCUCGAAGUCGUAGCUAAAUCAGGUGCAUCCUAAUCUCUUCUGAUGGCGUUAAUGUUAGUGUGAAUGUCCCUGACAAGUUCGCCUUUCACCUAAUGUUAUGGUGUUUCGACAGACAGUACCUCAGUCUUCGCAUUCCACCGAUGUCUGGGGUUGUGAGCAUCCUGUUUUUCUACAAAUCACUUUUGUCAUUACAAAGGUUCAAGAGAUUAUUGGAUUUUUUUGUUACAUUUUUUUUUUAGAUAACUUUUAUGAAGAUGCUCUCAGAUUUAAAAUGCUGAAUCUGUGAAUAUUUACAUUAUGUGGUACCAUGCACCUUUUCAUUCCAUUUAAUUAUUUUUUACGAAUGAUUUAGAUGUUUAUACUUAAACAUCAAUUCAACACUCAUACAGACAAAAAGGUAUGCUGUUAAAUGAGGAACAUUAAGCUAAUGCUCAUAUAUGUUGUUAUGUUUAAUACUUGUUUUAGGUGCCAUUGUAACUCAAGCUGUGACGGGACAUUAUUUUAAUAGCUUCUUUAUCACAAUACGAUACACAUCAUGCCUUCAUCCGAGACGAGUUAAGACUAUUCAUUUCAGUGUCACUUAGUGUGACCAAAGUGAAAGCCAAAGUGAAGUUAUCUAUGGACUUCACUAUCUGUGACUAAUUACUGAACUUGACAUUUAUUCCUAUAGCUCUUACACAACACUUGUAGAAUAAUCUCAUUUGAAUUCAUGUAGAAUAUUUAUUUAGUGUUCAUCUCAGAUCCAUGUUACUGUAAAUUAGUUCUGUAAAUAAAGAAAUUUGUUUAUUUGCUUUAA